AUGACGAGCGUGGGACCGAGACCGCUGGCGACGCAUGAAGAACAAUGGCGAGGAGUGCAGCACAAGAAACGCAAGACUUAUCGAUACAUAGCUGUGGUAGCCUUGCUUAUACGGCCUCAGGAUGCAGAUGCUCGAUGUCGGGUUGAAGAGUUGCAGGAGAUGCGAAGUACUUACGACGCUGCGUAUCAGCGCUGGGAACCGCACGUUACGCUCGUGCCUCCCUUUGAGCUCAGCAUCGAAGCCGAAAGGGGCGCUUUAAGAGAAGGACAAGCCUCGGCGAAGCGAUUUACCCACAGUGUUGAUGAAGGCAGCGCCAAAGCCGAUGGCUCACUCGCUCCUGCAGCGUUCUCGCACGUGCAAUGUGCGCGGACUUCAAAUGAGUCAGAGCCUGCGUUUCGAGACCCCGAACGGAUGGAACGAGGUAUCUGGAAAGACAGGGCGGCAGACAUAUCCUUGAAAAUUCAGCGAGCUGUGACUACGCACGAGCCAUUCAAGCUUGUCUUUGAUACUUGGGGAGCGUUCAAAGUCAGAGCGUACACCACUGUCCACCUCAAGCCGCGUACGGAUGGAUGGCAACCACGAGAUGCCCCAAAGCGAAGCGCUGACGAGUGCCUAGACGAUGCAGCCUCUCCGAGCCUGGACGCAACAUCGAAUGCACCGAAUGGACAUGCAGAGGUCUGCGCAUUACAGAGAGACAUCGAAAUUGCUCUGCCGGAAUCUGAGGAUUGCGCUUUUCGGAGAGGAGGCUCCAACACCUCCAAAGGUGGUGGAGGAGGAAGAUCCAAAGGAGCACCUCGCAGCAAAGAAAGCGGUGCGGCCAAUUCUCAACGAAGCAAGGAGCACGCCUUCAAACCUCAUUUGACCGCAGGACAGUACAACGUCUCUUACGAGCAGAAAGCGGGCCAGUCCGUGCAAGAGAGGGACGCGAAGAGGCAAGAUGUGAUCAGGAGGGCUACGGAUCUCACUAGCGAUCCGACUCGAUGCAUACAUCUUGAGGUGGACAGGGUCUUCUUGCUGGGCAAGCCUAUUGGUAGGCCAGGCCCCUACGAUAUCUGGGAUGAGAUAUCCUUGAAGGCUGCUGCGCCAUGA